AUGGAAACUGUUCUUCGGACGAAAUGUGUAUUAUUAGGAGAUCCCACGACCGGAAAGUCAACUUUCCUCUCCACCUGUUCUACUGGCCAAGACGACACAUCAAAAAACUACGAAAUGGUUUUGUUCAAAACAUUAAUCCCAAAGACCGUCGAAAGUCCCGUUCAAGUUGUACAAGUCUACAAUAAGUCCACCAACUUUGAGCACGAACUACAUAUCCAAGACACUUCCGGAACGUUCAUCAACUCGAUUCAUCAUUUGUAUUAUGUCUUGUUUUUUGACAUGACCAACGAAUCUUCAUUUCAUUCGUGCCAACAACUUGUCAAAACAGUGACCCAACAUUCUCCAACUUCAUUUUGUUUUUAUUUUUUGGAAUCAUUUAAAAAGGCUUUAUAA